AUGGAUGUCGUCGUAAAGAAGCUGGACAAGUCUGCCUACAGUUUCUUCAUCAUCGCUGCUCUCGCACCCAAAGGAGAGGACAGAAGCACAUUUGCCAACCAACUCUACGACACCGUACACGAGUACCCAACAGUGUUUGUCAGCCACCUCACAAAUGUGAAGGCGAAGCCCUGCCGAGUGCUGCCUUCUAGCUUCUGGAAAUACGAGGACACCAACAACUCCUACAUCGCCAGCAUCAAAGACGCCCUGCGCAUGAAGCGCGUGAUUAACCGGUACGACAUCCACCACGUCGUCUCCUUCACGGCGGCAGUCUUCUCGUUCACCAUCACCAAGAAGACGGCAAAGAACAUCGAUGGCUGGACCAACCUGCAGUGCGCGCGCUGCCAGGUGCUCUCGAUGAAUGACGUUUGCAAAGGGGCCAACUUCACGGUAGGUACGAAGGGAAAGAAGGUCGGGAUACAUUACGACUACAGAAAAGCCGACAGAACCUGGAGGACCUACGAAACCGAACAGUCCAUAACAAGAAAGCUGCAGCUGGCGUUUUCUCACAUGAGAGCCCACGGAAACACGGGAACCGGCGUUGCCAUGUUCGACAUCGACGCCGACGAAGCGAGCCAGUGCGGCACCGCAUACCGGUUCCGGAGACUGAAACAUCUAAAAGACGUCAUGCUAAGGCUAAGGCAACUCAACGAGGACCAAAAUAAACGAGCGGCCACUUGACUGCAUGCCGCCAUGAGCACUCAUUACGGAAUUCAUUGUAGCUUUUUCUCGGUAACCGCCGCACCGAAUUUGAUUAGCUUUUGAUGCAUGUAAAAAGAAAAAGAAAAAACUUACAGUGACGCUUCACUUCUUAAACGCAACGCGAUUGUCGUCGACUGUGGUGACCCAACACGCGAUAAAAACGUCACAGCAAGGAGCAUACGUCAGAGCGCGCGGUAGGUUAGAGUACCCCCGGUUGAUUUUUUUUUU